UUAACGGGUUAAACUACUUCAUUUCACUAAAAGAGUAGAAUAAGAAAACUUAAAUAACAAAUAAUUUAAUCUAGCAUAAACAAAUAAACUACAAUUUGCAUUAGAUAAGUCCCCCUUUUAUAUUUUUAAUUUUUGCUGGACAACAAGUUUAAAAUAAUUAUACAUACAACAUUAUUUUCAAAAACAUCUUUUGCGUUUGUUAUACCUAUGUAAAAUUAUACCUACCUUAAUGUAGUUAAAAUAUUUUCUGUUCUCGCACAAAAUAACAACUGUAAUGUAGGCAUAUUGUGCUAAAAUAUCAAGCUUUGUUAAACAGAAAAAUUCAGUCAACUCAAAUAAAUAAAAAAAAAGAAAAGAAAAUAUCACUUGGAAUUGUCGGCUGAGGCAAAGACAACGUUUCUUACUUUUAUAUCCAAUUUGUGACAGAAUUUUGAGCCAGCCUGUAUAUUAAUUUGCUAAAAUAUAAAAAAAAAUAUAUACCUAAGAUAUAGCAAGUGAGUGAUAGUUUACGUACACUUUAUUGACCGAAAAAAAUAAUUGAAACUAACAUUAUAAUACAAAUAUAUUAUCGAAACAAAACAAUAUAAAAUGGUGAAAUCAAAAACGGAAACCAUCCAAGCAAUAAGUGACAAUGUGGCCGUCGGGGAAAAGACAAUUUUGCUCACGCUUUUCAAGACCAUAUUCCAUUUGUCGUUCGUGGUGCAUUUUCUGUGGGCCGGUGUGUAUGGCACGUGGACAAUGUUUACUUUGACAGAGGAACAGUUGAGGGAACCUAUGAUUGCCAUGAUGAAGAAUUACUCGCCUUGCUAUGUGACUAUCUGGAAUGCGUCAUUCCAAACCAUGUUCCUCGGGCUUGCUCUUCUCCACGAUAUGCUACGAUGGCUGGACAAGCAUGAAAGCAAGAUCGGCAGGAAGGUCAAAUACUUCCGUGACGUCAUCUUCAAUGGACUCGUCUUCCCAUUCACUUGUUUCGUCACCGGAAUGUUCUGGUGUGUCUACCUCAUCGAUCGCGAGCUGGUCUUUCCCCAAGUCUACGACCAGAUCGUUCCCUGGUGGCUGAACCACUGUGUCCACACCAACAUCUUUAUAGUGAUCGCGAUAGAGACGCUCCUGACCAGACGGAGACAGCCUACAGAUGUGAAGGUGGAGAGGUGUCUUUGGGUGUUUGUGUCAGUUUUCUACGCAGUUGUAUACUACUCCAUAUACUUCUUCGGCGGCUGCUGGCUUUACGGUGUCUUCGGCGUCAUGACCUGGUGGCAGGUCUGCAUCUACCAGGCUUGCAUCUGGGGCUCCACUUGGGUCUUCUACAACCUCAACUUUUUCGUCAACAGAAUGAUCCAUAAGGAAGCAGAUUCCUCACCAAAAACUUCCACCAACGGAGAUUUAGAGUCUAGGGAAACUACUUUCCAAAACACUAGUAAAGUUAGUGGAGUAGCGACUGUUUCGAAGAAUAAGGAUGUUGAACUGAAUGCUAAAGAUGGGAUGAAUGAGAAUGGAAAGACGAAUGCAGCGUAUUUAAACGAAAAUAAUGAUGAAAAUGGAAAGGAAUGGACAUCGAUAGGUAAAGAUGGUCAGUUAGAUAAAUCGGGUACUAAUUUUAAAAGGAAUCAAUCUAGUUUGUAAUGAUUAUCUGGGUUAUAAUGCUGAGGUUAUUUUGUACGAGAGCUAAAGUAACAUACAGAAGAACUCAAGGUUCGAGAACAUUGCAAACGGUACUCGGAUAUUUCACAGAGUGUCAAUGUUUUGAAUUUUGAAAACUAGUAUUAAGAGAACUAAGGAUGACUUUUGGAAACUGGGACGAGUAUGCAAUAUCUAAAAAGGUUAAUUUGUGUUUAUAUUGAUAGAUGGAGUAAGUUUUUCUGUUGUGAUAAUUGGGCUUUACUGUACCCUACAGACUUUACUUGUUGGGCCAUUUUUUUUUAAGUUGUUCACCCCACUUUUUUUUGGAUUUGGAAAAUUUUAUGUGGUUUCCACGCAGAAUCGCGAGCUCUUUCAAUCCUAAUAGGAGAAAACAAGUGCCC